AACAACAGAUUCCUCUGUAGCAGUGGCUAUCGAUUUGACAACAAAGUGGAACUCGAGGCAGGCAUCCAGUAGGCCUACUAACUUUCUACGUGGCAACGUCAGACUAUACCCUCCUAUGAUGAUGGCACUGGAUCCUAUCGGUGGUUCGUCGGUCUACUACCGAUGCACGGCAUGCUGGGAGUGUUUCUUCACAGUGAAUGACUUUAGUGUUCAUGCGCAGACCGCCCACUGCAAGCUGCUCAUCUGCGAAGGCCACAACUCUGCCCCUGAUGAACAGAACCAGCAUCCUUGCGAGCGUUCAGUCGACUAUUCGGUGCUCGUACAACCGAAGUUGGAGCCAGUGUCCGAUGUUGUGGAUGAGUAUAUAGAGCUGCAGUAUGAUUCUGACAUGGCAGGUGGAACGGCAGUUGAUCAUGGCGAAUCUCUAGACAUCGUUGAAGGUCGCAGCAUUAAUGACGAGAAUGUGAUGAACUGGCUACAGAUGGUGUCCGGAGAGGGGACAUCGUUUCAAGCCCCACCGUCGCUGCCGCCGCACAAGGAGGAGGAGACUGAGCACGUUGAAGCUAGUGAUAUGAAUCCGAGCUCGGAUGCAGCCAUGGCGAAUAUAGUGAUUCCAGCUCCACAGCCAUUGUCAUUGAAAAGGAGGCGAAAGAGAAAGGUCUUAUUCACACAGUGUAAAGGAAUAUCUCGCUCGAACCGAGCUAAUAGUGCAAUGAUACUCGCACAGAAAGCAGCAGCAAGAAAAGCAGCAAGAGAGGCACAAAAAGAAGCUGCUAGAAAAACAGCAGGAGAAGCACAAAAGGAAGCAACAGAAGAAAUAGUAAAGCAAACAUGGUUUGGUAGACAGGUCAUAUAUCCUGCCUCUGAUCUGGACACAUCCACCUGCAAUGCCCCUGAUGGCAAUGGGCAGUUGAAGAGCGGUUACAGGGAACACCCAAAUGGAAGGAAGCCGGGAACAUAUGGCUGCUCUUUGUGCAUUUCUGACAAGGUUUAUGAUGGCAUAGAAACGUUGUAUCAUCAUCGGUUUGAAGUUCAUGGGUGUAAUAUCCCUCAAAAUGUGUUGACUAAAUAUGAUAAGAAAUUACCAAAAUCAAACGGGAUUGUGUGCAACUUAUGCAUGACAACUUCUAAGAGCAAGAGAAGGUUUUUACUACACAAAACGUCUAAGAUGCAUUUGGCUGCCAUUGCAGAGAUAAAAAUGCAGAUGCAGCAUGCUUAGUCAACAUCACACACGAAAAAAAAUUGGAUCUGUGGUGUUUGUGGACAGACGUUUGAGACUAGAAAUGUGCUGCAAUCUCAUCAGUGUCAAAUGUCGAUAAAUUGACUAGGAGAACGAGGUGCAACAGACCAAAGCUUUCCUAAAUAUUUGAUCAGUGAUAAUUUUUCCAGGGAUUUUGUACUUCUGUGCCUGUGAUCUAUGUAAUGAUCUCAGUGAUUUACACACUACAGUUCUUCUUUUUGGCGUGCGUCAUAGCACAGUCGAAGUUCAUUACAACGUACCUCCAGGGACCUUAAGAAUCAGUACGUUAUAACGAUAGUUUGUUGUAACCAAUUUCCAUAAAAUGUAUGCUAACGCAAGAAUUAAAACAUGAAAGUUUAAUGAUAACACCUGUAACAAAUUUGUCAAUUUAGAGUAAAAUAAAACAAUGUAUUGAAGA